AUGGCUGACAAGGGUAAGAAAAUUUUAAGCAAGAAAAAACUGAAACGGAAGCAGAAGACUAAAUUGAAAGUAAAAACACGAAAUAAGACUGAAAACCUAGAGAGUACUAUAACCAUACCGGAUAUCAGACUACACAGCAAUCCUUCAGCUUUUAAUGUGUACUGCAAUGUUCGCCAUUGUGUUUUGGAAUGGCAAAAAAAGGAGGUAUCCUUAACUUUGGCAUCAAAGAACACUGUACAAAGUGGGGAUUCAGAUAGUGAUGAAGAGGAGGAGUCCAAAGAGCCACCCAUCAAACUUCCAAAGAUAAUUGAAGUUGGACUAUGUGAAGUUUUUGAGCUGAUCAAGGAGACGAGAUUUUCUCAUCCGUCACUGUGUCUCAGGAGCCUACAAGCCCUACUUAAUGUGCUCCAAGGCCAGCAGCCAGAAGGCCUCCAGUCAGAGCCUCCUGAAGUUCUAGAGUCUCUCUUCCAGCUUCUUUUGGAAAUAACUGUCCGUAGUACUGGAAUGAAUGACAGUACAGGGCAGUCCUUGACAGCACUUUCCUGCGCUUGCCUCUUCAGUUUGGUAGCUGCAUGGGGAGAGACGGGAAGAACACUGCAGGCAAUCUCUGCUAUCCUGACCAAUAAUGGCAGCCAUGCUUGUCAAACUAUUCAGGUGCCAACCAUUUUAAACUCUCUUCAGAGGAGUGUACAAGCAGUUCUGGUGGGCAAAAUCCAAAUCCAGGACUGGUUUGGUAAUGGGAUAAAGAAAGCAGCCCUGAUGCACAAAUGGCCACUGAAAGAAAUAUGUGUUGAUGAAGAUGACCAAUGCCUGCUGCAGAGUGAUGGUUUCUUUCUGUAUCUUUUAUGCAAAGAUGGACUUUACAAAAUUGGCUCUGGAUAUAGUGGGACAGUGAGGGGUCAUAUAUACAAUUCUACAUCUCGCAUCAAAAACAGAAAAGAGAAAAAAUCUUGGUUAGGGUAUGCUCAGGGUUAUUUGUUAUAUAGAGAUGUGAACAAUCACAACAUGACAGCCAUAAGAAUAAACCCUGAAACCUUGGAACAAGAUGGUACAGUCACUUUGCCAGAUUGCCACACUGAAGGUCAGAACAUCCUUUUCACAGAUGGGGAGUAUAUUAAUCAGAUAGCAGCUUCUAGAGAUGAUGGCUUUGUAGUUAGAAUAUUUGCAACAAGUACUGAGCCAGUACUGCAACAAGAACUGCAGCUCAAACUUGCCAGAAAGUGCUUACAUGCCUGUGGUAUCUCUUUAUUUGAUCUCGAGAAAGAUUUGCACAUUAUCAGUACAGGGUUUGAUGAGGAGUCAGCUGUUCUGGGUGCAGGAAGAGAAUUUGCACUAAUGAAAACUGCUAGUGGAAAGAUUUAUUAUACUGGCAAAUAUCAGAGCCUUGGAAUCAAGCAAGGUGGUCCUUCAGCUGGAAAAUGGGUUGAACUGCCAAUCACAAAAUCUCCAAAGAUUGUUCAGUUCUCAGUUGGACAUGAUGGUUCACAUGCCUUACUUGUUGCAGAAGAUGGAAGCAUAUUCUUUACGGGUUCUGCUAGUAAAGGAGAGGAUGGUGAAUCAACGAAAAGCAGACGGCAAUCAAAACCCUAUAAGCCUAAAAAAAUUAUUAAAAUGGAAGGGAAGAUUGUGGUAUCUACAGCGUGCAAUAAUGGAAGUAGUUCUGUCAUUUCAAAAGAUGGAGAACUCUACAUGUUUGGAAAAGAUGCCAUUUACUCUGAUAGCACAAGUUUAGUAACAGAUUUGAAAGGCCAUUUAGUGACUCAGGUAGCCAUGGGCAAAGCUCAUACAUGUGUGUUAAUGAAGAAUGGAGAGGUUUGGACGUUUGGAGUGAAUAAUAAAGGACAGUGUGGACGAGACACAGGCUCCAUGAGCCAGGGAGGAAAAGGUUUUGGAGUUGAGAACAUGGCAACAGCAAUGGAUGAAGAUCUAGAAGAAGAACUGGAUGAAAAAGAUGAGAAGUCUAUGAUGUGUCCCCCAGGCAUGCAUAAAUGGAAGCUGGAACAGUGCAUGGUGUGCACUGUGUGUGGGGACUGCACAGGCUAUGGAGCCAGCUGUGUUAGUAGUGGGCGUCCAGACAGGGUACCUGGCGGUAUCUGUGGCUGUGGCUCAGGUGAGUCUGGCUGUGCUGUAUGUGGUUGUUGCAAAGCCUGUGCUAGAGAACUGGAUGGUCAAGAAGCCCGACAAAGAGGGAUCCUUGAUGCUGUCAAAGAUAUGAUACCUUUAGAUCUCCUGCUGGCUGUUCCUGUUCCUGGGGUUAAUAUUGAAGAACACCUUCAGUUACGACAAGAGGAAAAGCGGCAACGAGUAAACAGAAGGCAUAGAUUGGAGGAAGGUAGAGGCCCCCUUGUAUUUCCUGGUCCUAUUUUUAUGAACCAUCGAGAGCAGGCUCUAGCCAGAAUAAGACCCCAUCCAGCACAGCUAAAGCAUAAGCGGGACAAGCACAAAGACGGAAGCGGAGAAAGAGGUGAGAAAGAUGCCAGCAAAAUCACAACCUAUCCUCCAGGGGCUGUCCGUUUUGACUGUGAACUCCGAGCAGUACAAGUCAGUUGUGGAUUUCAUCAUUCAGUCGUUUUGAUGGAGAAUGGUGAUGUUUAUACGUUUGGAUAUGGACAGCAUGGACAGUUGGGUCAUGGAGAUGUUAAUUCCAGGGGAUGUCCCACUCUGGUGCAGGCAUUACCAGGUCCUAGCACACAAGUUACUGCUGGAAGCAACCAUACAGCUAUUCUCUUAAUGGAUGGACAGGUGUUUACAUUUGGAAGUUUCUCUAAAGGACAGCUUGGCAGGCCAAUUCUGGAUAUGCCAUACUGGAAUGCAAAACCAGCACCUAUGCCUAAUAUUGGAUCUAAAUAUGGACGCAAAGCUACAUGGAUUGGAGCAAGUGGAGACCAGACUUUUCUUCGGAUUGAUGAAGCUCUCAUUAAUUCUCAUGUGCUGGCCACGUCAGAGAUCUUUGCAAGUAGGCAUAUAAUAGGUUUGGUACCUGCUUCUAUGUCAGAGCCUCCUCCAUUUAAAUGUCUUCUCAUAAAUAAGGUGGAUGGCAGUUGCAAGACAUUUAAUGAUUCUGAACAGGAAGAUCUUCAAGGGUCUGGCGUAUGUCUGGAUCCUGUUUAUGAUGUUAUUUGGAGGUUUCGACCAAAUGCUAGAGAACUGUGGAGUUACAAUGCAGUUGUUGCUGAUUCCAGGCUUCCUUCAGCUCCAGACAUGCAAUCACGAUGUAGUAUUCUAAGUCCAGAACUUGCUCUUCCAACAGGAUCAAAAGCUCUAACCACCAGGUCUCACGCAGCUUUGCACAUUCUAGGUUGUCUUGAUACAUUGGCUGCUAUGCAGGACUUAAAAAUGGGUGUAACAAACACAGAAGAGGAGACUCAAGCAGUAAUGAAAGUUUAUUCCAAAGAAGACUAUAGCGUUGUUAACAGAUUUGAAAGUCAUGGAGGAGGUUGGGGUUAUUCAGCCCAUUCAGUGGAAGCGAUACGUUUCUGUGCUGAUACUGAUAUUUUACUUGGUGGUCUUGGCCUGUUUGGAGGAAGGGGUGAAUACACAGCUAAAAUAAAGUUGUUCGAAUUGGGUCCAGAUGGGGGAGACCAUGAGACUGAUGGAGACCUUCUUGCUGAGACUGAUGUUUUAGCAUAUGAUUGUGCUGCUAGAGAAAAAUAUGCAAUGAUGUUUGAUGAACCAGUUCUCUUGCAAGCUGGUUGGUGGUAUGUAGCAUGGGCACGAGUGUCAGGGCCUAGCAGUGACUGUGGAUCUCAUGGUCAGGCAUCCAUUACUACAGAUGAUGGUGUUGUUUUCCAGUUUAAGAGUUCCAAGAAAUCAAAUAAUGGUACAGAUGUUAAUGCAGGACAGAUCCCUCAGUUACUGUACAGGCUGCCAACAAGUGAUAGCAGUGCAUCAAAAGGAAAACAGCAAACCAGCGAACCUGUACAUAUUUUAAAGAGAUCUUUUGCAAGAACAGUCUCAGUGGAAUGCUUUGAGUCUUUGUUGAGCAUUCUUCACUGGAGCUGGACAACAUUAGUGCUAGGAGUAGAAGAGCUUCGGGGGUUGAAAGGAUUCCAAUAUACUGCCACUCUUCUUGAUUUAGAGAGAUUGCGUUUUGUGGGCACUUGUUGUCUGAGGCUUCUGCGGGUCUACACCUGUGAAAUAUAUCCCAUUUCAGCUACUGCUAAAGCUGUUGUCGAGGAAACUAGCAAACUAGCAGACUGCAUUGGGAAAACUAGAACUCUUCUGAGAAAAAUUUUAUCCGAAGGAGUUGAUCACUGUAUGGUGAAGUUAGACAAUGACCCCCAAGGAUAUCUGAGUCAGCCCCUGAGUCUCCUAGAAGCUGUUCUUCAGGAAUGUCAUAACACUUUCACUGCCUGCUUUCAUUCUUUCUAUCCAACACCAGCUCUACAAUGGGCAUGCCUUUGUGACUUGCUGAAUUGUUUAGAUCAGGACAUCCAGGAAGCAAACUUCAAAACAUCAAGUAGCCGGCUUCUUGCAGCUGUUAUGUCUGCCCUUUGUCACACUUCUGUAAAGUUAACCUCCAUCUUUCCUAUCGCUUAUGAUGGAGAGGUGUUGCUACGAUCCAUGGUCAAACAAGUCAGCACUGAGAAUGAUUCUGCACUGGUUCAUCGUUUCCCACUGUUGGUAGCACAUAUGGAAAAACUUAGUCAGAGUGAAGAAAAUAUUUCAGGAAUGACAAGCUUUCGGGAAGUGCUAGAGAAAAUGCUGGUUAUUGUUGUGUUUCCAGUUAGAAACAGUCUUAGACGAGAAAAUGAACUCUUCUCUUCUCAUUUAGUUUCUAAUACCUGUGGAUUACUUGCUAGUAUUGUCAGUGAACUUACAGCUUCUGCACUGGGAUCUGAGGUUGAUGGACUUAACUCUCUCCAUUCUGUCAAAUCUAGUCCAAAUCGAUUCACUAAAACAAGUCAGGGAAGAAGUUGGAAUACUGGUAAUGGAUCCCCUGAUGCAAUCUGUUUCUCUGUGGACAAACCUGGUGCAGUAGUGGUUGGAUUUUCUGUUUAUGGAGGAGGUGGAAUUCAUGAGUAUGAAUUGGAGGUGUUAGUUGAUGAUAGUGAUCACACUGGCGAUUCAACUCAUUCUCAUAGAUGGACAUCAUUAGAGUUAGUUAAAGGAACUUAUACCACAGAUGAUUCCCCCAGUGACAUAGCUGAAAUCAGACUUGACAAAGUUGUGCCUCUGAAGGAAAAUGUGAAAUAUGCAGUCCGCCUUAGAAACUAUGGGAGCCGUACUGCUAAUGGAGAUGGAGGAAUGACCACGGUCCAGUGUCCAGAUGGUGUGACAUUUACAUUCAGCACAUGUAGUUUGAGCAGCAAUGGCACAAACCAAACACGUGGACAGAUUCCACAGAUUCUUUAUUACAGGAGUGAGUAUGAUGGAGAUCUACAGUCGCAGCUUUUAAGCAAAGCUAAUGAAGAAGAUAAAAACUGUAGCAGAGCUCUUUCUGUUGUGAGUGCUGUGGUACGCUCUGCCAAAGACUUGUUGCACAGAGCUCUCGCUGUAGAUGCUGAAGACAUUCCAGAAUUGCUCAGUUCUUCCAGUCUGUUUUCAAUGCUGCUUCCCCUUAUAAUAGCCUACAUAGAACCAGUAGCUGCAGCUAUUCCCAAGGUUGCUGUUGAAGUCUUUGGUCUAGUACAACAGUUACUUCCCUCUGUAGCCGUUCUGAAUCAGAAGUAUGCCCCUCCUGCGUUCAAUCCCAAUCAGUCUACAGACAGCACCACAGGAAAUCAGCCUGAACAAGGGCUGUCUGCUUGCACUACCUCUAAUCACUAUUCUGUCAUAGAGAGUGAACACCCCUACAAACCAGCUUGUGUUACGCACUAUAAGGUAACUUUUCCAGAAUGUGUCAGGUGGAUGACAGUAGAGUUUGACACACAAUGUGGCACUGCUCAAUCAGAAGAUGUACUUCGCUUGUUAAUUCCUGUUAGAUUUGCUCAGAACUCAGGUUUUGGACCAAAGCAAACCUCUGUUCAUGAAAAUCUUAAUUCUUGGAUAGAACUAAAGAAAUUUUCCGGUUCAUCUGGAUGGCCUACCAUGGUUUUAGUGUUACCAGGAAAUGAAGCACUGUUUUCCCUGGAGACUGCAUCAGACUAUGUGAAAGAUGAGAAGGCUUGUUUUUAUGGCUUUAAGUGUUAUGCAAUCGGUUAUGAAUUUAGUCCAGGAUCUGAUGAGGGUAUCAUUCAGUUAGAGAAAGAGUUGGCCAAUCUAGGAGGAGCGUGUGCAGCAGCUUUAAUGAAAAAAGACCUGGCACUUCCCAUCGCAGGUAAUGAAUUUGAAGAAGAUCUUGAGAUUCUGGAAGAGGCUGCAUUGCAGGUGUGUAAAUCUCACUCAGGCAUUCUUGGAAAAGGCUUAGCACUGUCUCAUUCACCAACAAUAAUAGAAGCUCUUGAAGGGAACCUUCCACUGCAGAUGCAAAGCAAUGAACAAUCCUUUUUGGAAGAUUUCAUUACCUGUGUACCAGGUUCAAGUGGUGGACGGCUUGCAAGAUGGCUUCAGCCAGAUUCAUAUGCUGAUCCUCAAAAGACAUCCUUGAUUCUAAAUAAGGAUGACAUCCGAUGCGGUUGGCCUACUGUUAUUACAGUGCAGACAAAAGAUCAAUAUGGAGAUGUUGUUCAUGUUCCAAAUAUGAAGGUGGAGGUCAAGGCUAUUCCUGUUUCCCAGAAAAAAACAUCUUUGCAACAUGAACAAGUAAAAAAACUCCAAAGGAUACCAGGAAGUCCUGCAGCAGCUGCUUCCCCGGUCACUGACAUGACCUUUGGAGGACUCCCUUCACCAAAACUCGAUGCUUCUUACGAACCUAUGAUAGUGAAAGAAGCUCGAUAUAUUGCUAUAACAAUGAUGAAGGCUUAUGAAAAUUAUUCUUUUGAAGAAUUACGCUUUGCCUCACCGACGCCUAAGAGACCCAGUGAAAACAUGUUGAUUAGAGUCAACAAUGAUGGCACUUACUGUGCUAAUUGGACUCCAGGAGCUGUUGGUCUCUACACUAUUCAUGUUACUAUAGAUGGCAUUGAAAUAGAUGCUGGAUUAGAAGUGAAGGUAAAAGAUCCUCCAAAAGGGAUGAUACCACCUGGAACUCAGCUGGUCAAACCAAAAGCAGAACCUCAGCCAAACAAGGUUCGCAAAUUUGUGGCCAAGGACAGUGCAGGGCUUCGUAUCCGUAGCCACCCUUCCCUUCAGAGUGAGCAAAUAGGCAUAGUGAAAGUCAAUGGAUCCAUCACUUUUAUUGACGAGAUCCACAAUGAUGAUGGUGUAUGGCUGAGACUGAAUGAUGAGACAAUAAAGAAGUAUGUUCCUAACAUGAAUGGUUACACUGAAGCCUGGUGCCUCUCUUUUAACCAGCAUCUUGGCAAGAGCCUUCUGGUCCCUGUUGACAAUGUCUUUAAUGCUAGCCAAGGAGUCAGGGAUUUGGACUUUUUUUCAUGGACUGCCAAAGCCUUUUCCCCACAGGAGUCUAGGUCUAAUACUGAUGACUUUUUCAAAGAUUUAAAUUCACACUGCCCACAGGAAGCAGUGAUGCAAGAACAAGAUAUGCCACUACUUCGAGGUGGACCUGGAGUGUACAAGGUAGUGAAGACUGGCCCAUCUGGUCACAACAUCAGAAGCUGCCCUAACCUUAGAGGUAUCCCAAUUGGAAUGUUAGUUCUGGGAAACAGAGUCAAGGCAGUGGGCGAGGUGACUAAUUCUGAAGGUACAUGGGUACAAAUGGAUAAGAACAGCAUGGUAGAGUUCUGUGAGAGUGAUGAAGGAGAGGCAUGGUCCUUAGCUAGAGACAGAGGUGGAAACCAGUACCUCCGACAUGAAGAUGAGCAAGGUCUUCUAGAACAAAAUGUUCAGACUCCUCCUCCAAGUCCUUUUUCAAUACAAGCUUUCAAUAAAGGGACAAGCUGUAGUAACGGGCAAGGAUUUGAUUAUGGCCUGGGAAAUAACAAAGAAACUCCAUCCUGCUGCCUUGCUUCUCGUGAGCGUAUUUACAAAACUAGUGAUGUAGCUGGGCCUGCCUCUGCUAUUUCAUCCCUCUCUCACAAACUAAAGGGUGAAAGAAUGAAUUUCACAGCUGCUGCUAGACCAGUUUCUCCAGCAGGGAAAACGGAUAUCUCAUCAAAACACAGGGCUGAGAGCAGGUCACCCAAGCCUGACAUGCGUGUGAACAGAGCUAUUGCUGAUCAGAAGAAACCAAGGAGUACAGAAGGUUUAUCUGCCAGUGAGUCUCUUAUGCUGAAAUCAGAUGCUGCAAAGUUGAGAUCAGAUUCUCACAGUAGAUCGUUAUCUCCAAACCAUAACACUUUGCAAAUAUUAAAGUCUGAUGGGAGGACAACUUCUGGUCUUAGAGCUGAAUCACCAGGGCCAGGAACCCGAUCUUCAUCUCCAAAGACAAAGACACUUACUGCAGGUAGGCCUGGUGCUAGUUCUCCCCGAUCAUCGUCUCCACAAGAUAAGGCACUAGCUCAGAAAACUUCAGCUCCUGUUAAAACAAAGCUUGAUCCUCCUCGGGAACGAUCCAAAUCAGACUCUUACACUCUAGAUCCAGACACGCUUCGCAAGAAGAAAGUACCACUAACAGAGCCCUUGCGUGGAAGGUCCACUUCACCCAAACCAAAAAUUAUCUCAAAAGAUGUAAAACCUGUGGCUGAAACUGAAAAUAGAGCUCCUUCCCCUCAUGUUGUACAAGAAAAUCUUCACAGUGAAGUUGUUGAAGUUUGUACUUCAAGCACUUUAAAGACUAAUAGCAUCACAGAUAGCACAUGUGAAGAUAACUCUGAAUUCAAAAGUUUAGAUGAUAGUUCUAAUAAAGUUCAUUUCAGCAUAGGAAAAGCGCCCCUAAAAGAUGAACAGGAUAUGAGAGCUUCUCCAAAAGUAAGCCGUAAGUGUGCUGGUAGGCACACAAGACCAAAAAAGGAAAAAUCUGGCUUUCUUUUCAAAGGAGAUGCAUCCAAACCUAUAGAACCAGCCAAGCAAGCUAUGUCACCUUCUGUUGCUGAAUGUGCUAGAGCUGUCUUUGCUGCCUUCCUGUGGCAUGAAGGAAUAGUCCAUGAUGCUAUGGCUUGUUCAUCUUUUUUGAAAUUUAAUCCAGAUCUUUCUAAAGAGCAUGCCCCUAUCAGAAGCAGUCUGAAUCAACAACCUACAGAGGAAAAAGAAACUAAGUUGAAAAAUAGGCAUUCAUUGGAAAUAUCAUCUGCUCUUAAUAUGUUUAACAUUUCACCUCAUGGACCAGACAUAUCUAAAAUGGGCAGCAUCAACAAAAACAAAGUCCUCUCUAUGCUAAAGGAACCACCUCUCCAUGAGAAAUGUGAAGAUGGAAAAAUGGAAACUACCUCUUUUGAAACAUCCAGUCAUCACCCCAUGAAAUCUAAGUCUCUUCUUCCCUUAACACUGCAGCACUUGGUAGCCUUUUGGGAAGACAUUUCUUUAGCAACUAUCAAAGCAGCUUCCCAGAACAUGAUUUUUCCAAGCCCUGGUUCCUGUGCUGUGUUAAAGAAAAAAGAAAGUGACAAAGAUAAUAAGAAAACCAAAAAGGAAAAAAAGAAAAAAGAAAAGGUUGACGCUAGGCCAAGGGGAAAUCUUUUUGGCGAGAUGGCUCAGCUUGCCGUGGGAGGACCUGAGAAAGAUACCAUCUGUGAGCUGUGCAGUGAAUCCCAUCCAUAUCCAGUGACUUAUCACAUGAGACAGGCUCAUCCAGGUUGUGGCCGAUACGCAGGUGGCCAAGGUUACAAUAGUAUCGGACACUUCUGUGGAGGAUGGGCUGGUAAUUGUGGUGAUGGUGGUAUUGGAGGAAGUACUUGGUAUCUGGUUUGUGAUAGAUGCAGAGAAAAAUAUCUCCGUGAGAAGCAAGCAGCAGCAAGAGAGAAGGUUAAACAAUCCAGGAGAAAGCCAAUGCAAGUUAAAACUCCUCGUGCCUUGCCAACCAUGGAAGCUCAUCAAGUGAUUAAAGCCAAUGCACUGUUCCUGCUGUCUUUGAGCAGCGCUGCUGAGCCUAGUAUCCUGUGCUAUCAUCCUGCAAAACCUUUCCAAUCUCAGCUUCCCAGUGUCAAAGAAGGAAUUUCUGAAGACUUUCCCAUCAAAAUGCCAUGUCUCUAUCUACAGACUUUAGCAAGGCAUCAUCAUGAAAACUUUGUUGGUUAUCAGGAUGACAACCUGUUUCAAGAUGAGAUGAGAUAUCUGCGUUCAACUUCAGUACCUGCACCAUACAUAUCAGUCACUCCUGAUGCAAGUCCUAAUGUCUUUGAGGAGCCAGAGAGUAACAUGAAAUCUAUGCCACCGAGUUUGGAGACCAGUCCAAUAACAGAUACAGAUCUGGCAAAGCGCACAGUCUUUCAGAGAUCAUACUCAGUUGUUGCAUCAGAAUAUGACAAACAGCACUCUAUUUUACCUGCACGGGUCAAGGCCAUUCCUAGGAGAAGAGUCAACAGUGGAGAUGCAGAAGUGGGGUCUUCUCUCCUGAGACAUCCGUCUCCAGAACUUUCUCGGUUAAUCUCUGCUCACAGCUCUCUUUCUAAAGGAGAAAGAAAUUUCCAGUGGCCAGUAUUGGCAUUUGUAAUCCAACACCAUGAUCUUGAAGGACUUGAAAUAGCAAUGAAACAAGCCUUACGGAAAUCUGCUUGCCGUGUCUUUGCUAUGGAGGCUUUUAACUGGCUCCUCUGUAACGUCAUUCAAACAACUUCUCUUCAUGAUAUUUUAUGGCAUUUUGUGGCUUCCCUGACUCCUGCCCCUGUAGAACCUGAGGAAGAGGAAGAUGAGGAGAACAAAGCAAAUAAAGAAAAUGCAGAACAAGAGAAAGAUACAAGAGUAUGUGAGCAUCCACUGUCAGAUAUAGUGAUUGCUGGUGAAGCAGCUCAUCCAUUGCCCCAUACUUUCCAUCGUUUGCUUCAGACCAUCUCUGAUCUUAUGAUGUCUCUUCCCAGUGGUAGUGCAUUACAGCAAAUGGCCUUAAGAUGCUGGAGCCUCAAAUUCAAGCAAUCUGACCACCAGUUCCUACAUCAGAGCAAUGUCUUUCAUCACAUUAACAACAUUUUGUCCAAAUCUGAUGAUGGUGAUAGUGAGGAGAGCUUUAGUAUUAGUAUACAGUCUGGUUUUGAAGCCAUGAAUCAAGAGUUGUGUAUAGUAGUUUGUCUGAAAGAUCUAACCGGCAUUGUUGAUAUCAAAACAUCAAGCCGACCUGCGAUGAUUGGCAGUUUGACAGAUGGGUCUACAGAAACCUUCUGGGAGUCAGGAGAUGAAGAUAAAAACAAAACUAAAAACAUCACAAUUAAUUGUGUAAAAGGAAUCAAUGCUCGUUAUGUAUGUGUUCAUGUAGACAACUCCCGAGAUCUUGGGAACAAAGUGACUUCAAUGACUUUCCUCACUGGUAAGGCAGUAGAAGAUCUUUGCAGAAUAAAGCAGGUUGACUUGGAUUCGAGACACAUUGGUUGGGUAACAAGUGAACUUCCUGGUGGAGAUAAUCACAUCAUUAAAAUCGAAUUGAAGGGUCCAGAGAACACACUAAGAGUCCGACAAGUGAAAGUUCUGGGAUGGAAAGAUGGUGAAAGCAUUAAAAUCGCAGGCCAAAUCUCUGCAAGUGUAGCUCAGCAAAGAAACUGUGAAUCUGAGACGCUACGAGUGUUCCGACUUAUUACAUCCCAGGUGUUCGGAAAACUCAUCUCUGGAGACGCUGAGCCAACCCCGGAACAAGAAGAAAAAGCACUGUUGUCUUCCCCAGAAGGAGAAGAAAAAGUACACAAUGCAACAUCAGAUGCAGACCUUAAAGAACACAUGGUGGGGAUCAUAUUCAGCAGAAGCAAAUUGACAAAUUUACAAAAGCAGGUGUGUGCUCACAUAGUCCAGGCAAUCCGAAUGGAAGCAACCCGCGUGCGUGAGGAGUGGGAGCAUGCCAUCUCUAGCAAGGAGAAUGCCAACUCUCAGCCUAAUGAUGAAGAUGCAUCCUCUGAUGCUUACUGCUUUGAGCUACUGUCCAUGGUUUUAGCACUGAGUGGUUCUAAUGUAGGUCGUCAGUACCUGGCUCAGCAGCUGACUCUGCUUCAGGAUCUCUUCUCGCUCCUACAUACUGCCUCUCCCAGGGUGCAAAGGCAGGUAACAUCAUUACUACGCCGUGUUUUGCCUGAAGUGACCCCUAGUCGGUUGGCUAGCAUCAUAGGAGUAAAAUCCCUGCCACCAGCAGAUAUCAGUGAUAUCAUUCACUCAACAGAAAAAGGAGAUUGGAAUAAAUUGGGCAUCUUGGACAUGUUCCUGGGAUGUAUUGCCAAAGCACUCACUGUACAGCUAAAGGCCAAAGGAACCACAAUAACUGGAACAGCUGGCACUGCUGCAGGCAAAGGAGUUACUACAGUAACACUUCCAAUGAUUUUCAAUUCCAGCUAUAUUCGGCGAGGUGAAAGCCAUUGGUGGAUGAAGGGCUCAACUCCUACACAGAUAUCAGAAAUCAUUAUUAAACUGAUUAAGGACAUGGCAGCAGGUCACCUCUCUGAAGCUUGGUCCCGGGUAACAAAGAAUGCUAUUGCUGAAACCAUCAUUGCUCUGACCAAAAUGGAAGAAGAAUACAGAUUGCCAGUGCGAUGCAUUGCAACAACCAGACUCUGGUUGGCCUUAGCAUCCCUCUGUGUGCUUGAUCAGGACCAUGUGGACAGACUGUCUUCUGGAAGAUGGAUGGGAAAAGAUGGGCAACAGAAACAGAUGCCAAUGUGUGAUAACCAUGAUGAUGGUGAAACUGCUGCAAUCAUUUUGUGUAAUAUCUGUGGAAAUUUGUGUACAGACUGUGACAGAUUUCUUCAUCUCCAUCGGCGAACAAAGACUCAUCAGAGACAGGUAUUCAAAGAAGAGGAAGAAGCUAUCAAAGUUGAUCUUCAUGAAGGCUGUGGUAGGACCAAACUUUUCUGGCUAAUGGCACUUGCAGACUCUAAAACUAUGAAGGCCAUGGUGGAGUUUAGAGAACAAACAGGCAAACCUACAACCAGCAGCUCUGAAGCAUGUCGUUUCUGUGGUUGUAGAAGUGGAACAGAAUUAUCAGCAGUAGGCAGCGUCUGUUCUGAUGCAGACUGCCAGGAGUAUGCCAAGAUAGCUUGUAGCAAGACACAUCCUUGUGGUCAUCCAUGUGGAGGUGUUAAGAAUGAAGAACACUGUUUGCCUUGCCUGCAUGGCUGUGAUAAGAAUGCUACAAGUCUGAAACAAGAUGCUGAUGAUAUGUGCAUGAUCUGUUUUACUGAAGCACUUUCAGCAGCACCAGCAAUCCAGCUGGACUGCAGUCAUGUAUUCCACUUGCAAUGCUGUCAGCGAGUACUAGAAAACAGAUGGCUUGGGCCAAGGAUAACUUUUGGGUUUAUGUCUUGUCCUAUUUGCAAGAACAAAAUUAAUCAUAUAGUAUUAAAGGACUUGCUUGAUCCAAUCAAAGAACUCUAUGAAGAUGUAAGGAGGAAAGCUCUAAUGAGGUUGGAAUAUGAAGGAUUGCACAAGAGCGAGGCCAUCACAACACCUGGUGUUAGAUUUUAUAAUGACCCGGCUGGCUUUGCCAUGAACAGAUAUGCUUAUUAUGUUUGCUACAAAUGCAAAAAGGCAUAUUUUGGUGGUGAAGCUCGCUGUGAUGCUGAGGCUGGACAAGGAGAUGAUUAUGAUCCAAGGGAGCUUAUUUGUGGUGCAUGCUCUGAUGUUUCAAGGGCUCAAAUGUGUCCCAAACAUGGUACCGAUUUCUUAGAGUACAAAUGCCGCUACUGCUGCUCAGUUGCUGUGUUCUUUUGCUUUGGGACAACACAUUUUUGCAAUGCUUGCCAUGAUGAUUUCCAAAGAAUGACCAGCAUCCCUAAAGAAGAACUUCCACAUUGUCCUGCAGGUCCCAAAGGCAAACAGCUUGAAGGAACAGAAUGUCCACUUCAUGUUGUUCAUCCUCCCACUGGUGAAGAAUUUGCUCUAGGUUGUGGGGUUUGCAGAAAUGCUCACACUUUUUAAAUUAGUAAUUUUUAACCAGAGCAAAACCAUUGAUGUCAUCCCACAAGUGUCCUGAGCAUAAACCCCAGUUGGGAUGAGGAUGGGACCAUUUCCUAAACCAGGUAAAAGGAACAAUUUACAGUGCAAGAAGGAUGCCAAAUACUGUGUACAUAACACUUGCUGUGAGAAAAAUGACAUUUUUUUUGAACCAAGACAUCAAACUUGUGAGGUGUUUGCAUGUGGCCAUUACAGUCAUCGGCUAUGAAGCGUUGGACAUUUACAAAUAAAUACUUGCUAUUAAAGGAUCUCUGUGUCUGUGGACUAUGAAUGAUGCUGGCUUUCAGAUGAAGAAAGAAAAGAAUAUUGAUUAUUGUAUACUGACUUUUUGUAAUCCUGUACAAUUGUAACUGCAUCACAGGUGAGGGUGGAAAAGAGGAAUAUUCUGGUUUCUUUCCUAGACUGUUAUAAAAAAAAAUUGUGUUGGAAAGGCAUAAAUAUAACAAGUAUCGCGCUGUAUAUAAAGGUAUCAAUGUUUGUCCUGUAUAAGAAUUACUAAAUUACAACAGCAGUUUCAUUUAAACUUCUGGGUUAUGUUUGAGCCUGAAAUUUUAAUGAAGUGCAAUACUGAGUGUGCCUCAUAUCUUGCAGCUGUAAACAUAAUGGAAUGUACAUGUCAAUAAAGCCACUGUACAUUUUUA